AUGUCUUUCCUGAGUGUAAAACGUUUACGUUAUUGUAGGUGUAACUGUGCAAACUGUGCUGUUAUGCCAACUGAACGAGAAAAUAUAUGCUGCAUGGAGAUUCCUCAGGUAAGUACAAGGCACAUGUUUUUGUCUACUUAUAUUAAUGUGAAUGUUAAAUAUAUAGAGAGAAUUACAGUGUUCUUGUUUUGUAGAUUGUUAGAAGGAUUAACCAGCAAUUUGUCUGACUUUAUCAAUGUCUUUCACAUUAGGUGUUACAGGCACUUAGCAUACAGGAGCUUUGUGAGCUGGUGCUGGGGCUAUCUGGGCAGGAAGAUCAGGGUUGUUAUCCCGUCUUGUGUUGUCCUGCGCAUAUGCCAAGAAUUUCCUGACGCUGGAGGCAGCUGCGUAGGAUUUAGACCUCCCCUUGACUGAACAGUGAUACAUGCCUUGCGAUGGCUUCUUCCAUGGAGGGUCUGUCAUACUGGGCGGACAGUGUUUCAGGGACCUUGAUUUUGUGGAUCUCCUCCAUGUAGGAAAGAGGGUCUGGGAUUACCUUCUCAAAAAGAAAUGCCAUCAGAUUGAUGACAUAGCCUGUAAAAAUAUAAUUGCACAAUAGACAUUAUGCAGGUUAUUUAUUGUUUUUGAAUUUUUAGUUAUUUUAUUGUGAACAUCAAUAAAUUUGUUUAACUUACAA